AUGAUCUUCACAUCCAUCCUCCUCCUCGUCCUCGCCGCGACCCUCGCAGCAGGCGAGUCAUACACCCUAACAGCCCACGCCCCCGCGAACCGCGCCAUCCACGGCGCCCGAAUCAACGCAAGCGGCCGCCGCCUCCUCGUCGGCCUCGACGCCCCGUCCUCCUACUGCCCGGACCUCCCGCACAUCGUCUGUCCCGCGGGGACCUCGACCACCGUCGACGAGGACCUCACGCACUUACGGGUCUCCACGCCCGGCGGCCAGGCCAUCUACGUCGCGCCCGACGGCGUCGUCUCCUACACCGCCGCACACUCCGCCUACAUGCCUCCGGGCUCCACGACGAAGGGUUUCUACGCGAAGACCAUGGCCUCGUCGUGUUCCGCCGAGAGGACCGAGAUGCUCGAUUUCCUGUCCGUCGACGGCGCGGAUAAGGGCCUGUUCGCGUGUCCGAACCCGGAUCUCGCGGGGACGUGGGUGCUGGUCGCGGCUGGACGGGAGUCGAGGGCGUUGAAGGGUGAUUGUGUGGUGUUGGAGGGGUUGGAGUUGAGGAGGAGUGAGGUUGAGAUUGGGGCUUGGCAGUAUUGA